AUGAGAAAUUUAAACACUGAAAAAUUUUUUAAAGAAAUUUACUUUUUGAUGCAUCCUUUGGUUUCUUAAGAGUCCUUGAAAGGGCUAAUGAUUAUUUUUACGAUAUUGAACAAAGCUUAAGAAUUGGACAUCAUAAAUAACAUUGAUUAGGAAUCUCACUCUGAAAUGAAAAUACUAAGUCAAUUAGCAUCAUACAGUUUUGUAAUUAAUGCUGUAACUGAUGAUCAAUUGAUUCUGGUAAUUAUUGGAUUUUUUGCUUUGCAUAUUAUCCUAAUCCUAGUUUUCAUUUAUUUCCGGAUAUCAAAGCCUAUUUCAGUGAUCAUACACACAAUUUUACACUAAUUCUUAUUGCAUUACACACUAAUCUUUUAUAUUCCCAUCACCUAUUCGUCAUUAUAUUUUAUUUCUUCAGAAUCAGUAUGCAAAUCAAGUCAAUUUUGUGAUAGUAGCACUUAAAUAGUCUUAAUUAUCCUUUGCAUCCUUAAUUUGGCAAUAUCAUUAUCAAUCAAUGCUCUUCACGUUUAUUUUGGGAGAGCUGAUUCGCUGAUGGGGGAUAAUCAUAUCUUGAUGUUGAAUUACUCAUUUUUAAACAAUUUUAUAACAUAAAUUUGCCUUUUCGCAUGCAUAGUACUUAAGAGUAUUGAGAUAUUGUAAGAACUAAGGUUUGCUCUAAUUUUGAUAAAAUACUUACUAACAAUUGUGCAAAUAUUUAACAAAAUCAACGCAAAAUAUUACGUAUUAAUCGAUCUUAUCUCAAUUGCAUCCUCAGUUUCACUUUUAAUUAAAUUAUCAGUGUUUGAAUAUCUGAUAGUUCUCACUUUGAUUUGGGCAACCUUUUUUUAGUUGGUAGAUAUAAUAGAAAAUUACUAUGUAACAUUGAAAAAUUAAGGCAAUUUAAUCACACUUUAAAAAAUAGAAGAGGCAAAUAAGUUAGAAACUAAGACGCAAUCCAAAAUUAUUCUGAAAAUAAUAGAGAAAAUCCACAAUUGUAAAAAGUGUCAGUAUCCAUCCUAAUUUGUUGAGUGUAUAUUUAGAAGAAUGGCAAAUAAAGAAAAUUAAAUGAAUAACCACAUAGUUUCUUUAUUUUGUGAUUAUGUAAGCAAUCAUGCUCCCUUAAAAGCAUUAAUACGACUACUCCUAUUAAAUCCUAAUGACUUAUAUUAUAGAUGUUGGCAACAUAAUUUGGCUGAGGAACUUAACAAAAGAAGUAAAUAAUUUUAAAAAGAAGCCUAAAAUAAAACAUCUAUCAAGAAUACGAAUGAACAUUAAAAUUCUUUAGAUGUUUAAACUGUUUAUAAUACUUCUCACUCAGCAUAAGCAUUAUUUCCAUGUUUGAUAGACACAAUUUAAUCGAAAAUCAAUUUCUGGAAUAAAUUGAUUAAUGGAUAUCAACACAUUGAUUAAUGUUUAUCGGAAUCACUAAAGACUGCCAAAAAGAUGCUGAGAUGUAGAUCAGAAAUAGAAAGCAGAUUUGAUUUGGUUUAUAAUAAAUUAAAAAAUUAAUAAGGAACUGACAUAAUUAGUUUAAGAAUAAUCUAAAUUUAUUACUGUGGAAUUUAUACUAAUUAAUUUCAAGCCUUUUAGAUUGAGAAAACUAUUGACGAGUUAUUAAAGAGCGAGAGAUUUAAGUAAGAUGAAUCUUUAGAUAAUAUUCAACUUGUUUAAGAUCGAUUGAUCAUUUUGAAAUCCAGUUUUGUAUCUAAAAGAGGUGAAUUGAUAGAUGUGAAUUAUAAGUAAAUGGCUAAGUUUCUGAAUGAAGCCGAAGAAGGUUGUAAGUUGAUAAAGCAUUGUUCUUAACUUAUGCCAACCUACUUAUCAACAGUUCAUGAAUAAUUGAUGGAUAAUUACAUGCAAAAUGGAUAUUCCAAAUUAAUGAUCCAUGGAGAAUCAUCAUUCUUUUAAAAUCCAGCUGGUUUUAUUGAACCAUGUAGUAUUAAUUUGUUCAAUUUUUAUGAUGGCAAAGAUGAUUUCAUUUUAAAUAUGAUCCUAACUAAAGAGUAAUGUUAGAGCGAGACAAUUCUCUUUGGCAUUGAUGGAAAAAUCUUAGGAAUAACUUAACAAUUUUUCAACGAAGCCAUAAGAUCAAAUACUUAAUACUCUAAAACAAUCACUACUUCAGCUGGCAGAAAUACAGAAAUCACAUCUUCUCCAACAAACAUUAAAGAUUUCUUAGCUAAAUAACCUUUGAUUCAAUUUUAUAUCCCAAACAUCCAAAGUCAAGUUGACGAAUUAAGAAAUCAAAUAUGUUCAUCCUCUAAUUACUUAAUGAACAAUUAGAAAUCUACUUGGACGUUUCCUAUAAAUCAUACUGAGUGUUUAUAACAAAUGUAGUUAAUAUUAUCACAAUAUAAGAAAAAAAGCUAAGGUACCCAAAAACCUAAUUAAAACUUUUAAUCUUACAAGUCUCAAACUUACUCGAAAUAUUCCAAUUACACUAACAACACUUAACAAGAUCAAUAUGAUAAGAGUGAAAUUGGAAAAUAGGUCUUUGAUUAAAUUAAUAUCGACAACAUUCCUAUAAUACUUUUACAUCCAGAGAUAGCAACUUCAUUAAAAGAAUUAAUAGUUUUUGAAGAAACUUAAAAAUAAUCUGUGCAAUUAGGCAUAUUUUAUAGUUUACAAUUCAAAAUAUUAAAAUACAAACAAGGCAGCAUUGGGUACUUUAUGCUCACCAUUAAAGAAAAUAAACUGUAUUAUUCUCAAUAAACCAUGGGUCAGUUUUCAAGUCAUAAUUAAACUCCUUAAACAGUCAGAUCUUCUCUUUAAGAGUCCAAUGAAAUUGAAACUAUUUAAAAUUCAAUGAAAAUUGAAUUAACUUCCGAGAAUUUGAACUAAUAAGAGGAAAUAAUCUAAGAAAUAAGAUUAAUGAAUAAUAUUAUGCAUAAUAAUAAAGAUAGUUCUUUGGUUGAUCAAAGUGGAAACAACUUAAGUUUAGAUUAAACAAAUCUAAAAUUAUAGAUUCAACUCAAGAACUCAGAGAGAUCUAAUCUUUAUGACACAGGUAGAAUACUUAAAUAAUCUUAACCUUUAUUUGCUAGACCAUAAUAAUAAGAAUGCAGACUUGAAGACAUUUCAUAAAUUGAAUAAGACAUGCAAAAUAUUCAAUAAUUGCAAUAAGAUUUUGAUGAGAAUGAUCAAGACUUAGCUAAUUAGAAGUAGGAAUCAGUCAGCCAAAGUGUUAAAAAGAGAUCAAAUAUUCUUGAUAAGAUAAAAUUAACAUAAUAGAAUAAAGAAAAUAUUGGGGAUUUUGCUUCUAAUCCUUCACGAACUUCUACUAAUUCUACUUCUAAAGAAUCAAUAUUAAUAGUUCAAUAAUUGUAUUUUAAUAAAGAUCUAAUAUCUCCACUGAAAAAAAUAUCUGUAAUUUUAGGGCUAAUCUUAAUUGGAAUGUUGACUUGUGAAAUUUUGAAUGUAUUUCUAAUCAAAGAUAAUUUACAAUAAUAAACUCAAUAAGUAGUUAAUUUGGUGAAACCUCAAAAUAUUAUUUACUAUUAUUCAUCUGUGUUCUUCUAAUAUUGGGGAACAGAAUUGCAUACAUUAGGGAUUCUUAAAUUGUCUGAAUUUUAAUAUUAAAGGAAUAUAGAAUCCCUAGAUGGUAUGCUCGAGUAUGGAAGAAUGUAUCUUCAAUCAUUUGGAAUAGAAGUACCAUAAACUGCUGCAAAUCUUGGAGUUACUACAUUUGAGUUGAAAUAAGUCAAACUAGGAAAAAUAGAGAAGGAAAUCAAUUAAUUAUAAAAUUUCUAUUCUUUGCUUUAUGAAACUAUGUAUGACAUGUAUAUCAACAAUAAGAACGUUGCCAAUCCCUCGUAUCAUGAAUUAUUCACUAAAGGGAUUGUAAGAUAAAAUUUUUUAGAAUUAAUUGAUUUACAUAACAAAUUAAUUAUAAAGAUAUCAGAAGACACAAUAUAUCAAUAAGGCCUAGUCAAGAGUUAGUUUUUAGUUAUUAUGCUUAUGGAGUUAUUUUCAAUUUUGUUUUUUGUUGGAUUUUAAUUAAGAUAUUGGUUAUUCUUAGAUCAUAUUACUAAAUCGAUAAUAUUUUUAGUAUCUAGAUUAAAUGAAACUCAAGCUCUAAAUUAAAUAAAUAAAUUAGUACAAAUCAAAGAACAUUUAGAAGAUUAAGCUUCAAAUGUGUGGAAACUGUACAAUUUUGGAGACAUUGUAUUUGAGAAUUCAGAGAAGAAGCUUAAGAAAAUAUUAAUGAAAUAAUAGGACCAGACUUCAAAUAAUUAUAAAUCAACAAGUGCAUUAUAUUCAAGAAUUUAAAGAACUUAUUAUCUAAAUAGAGUCAAUGUCAUUCUAACAUUCUUGAUUACUAUUUUAUGGACAGCAUUUCUCCUAGCAGGUUAUUUAAUACACAUGUAGAAAAAUGAAAAUUUCUAACCAUCCUUAACAGCAACUCUAAAAUAUGGGUAGUUUCGAUUGAAUAUGGAUUCAGUAGGAUUUAUUGGAGGGAUUGUUAAAACAGAAUAAUUGGUUCCAAAUAAUAAUUUGAGCUUCAUCAAUCAAACAUACGCAAUUUAAUUAUUAAUUGAAUAUAAGGAAAAUCUAUCUCCAUUAAUAAAUGAAGUAGCUUAAGUCAUUUUGGAGAAUGCAAAUGCUAACAACAAAUAAAGUAGAUUUGACAAUAUAUUAAAUUUUGAUAUCUGUGAGUUCACUGAUUGGUAAGAUAUGAAAGCAUGCGAUUUGGCCCGAUAAAAUCUUCCUUAUUUUAGUAAAGAUGCGAUUAAUGACAUUGUAAAAAAUGGAGUGUUAGGUUACACUGCCACUCUAGUUAAAUAUCUAAACUCAGAUUUUGAUUAUGAGCUCAACAAUCUUAAAUAUGAUACUGAUGAAAACAAUUUAAUUGCUAUCUAAUAAAAGCCUUUUGAGAAUUUCUUUUUGUCUUAUUAUUGUGACAUUCAAAACACUAUGUUGGAAUUUUUGAAUCUAUUUUAAUUAGACAACGCCGAAAUAGCAGCAGAUAUAAAUAAUAUUGUUUAGAUAUUUUAUUUAGGUGUUGGUAUAUGUUUGUUUUUAUUUAUUUUUAUAUUGAGUUUACUUUGGGUUUACAAAUAUUAGAUGAAGAUCUCUUGUCUUCGUUAAAUUUUAGUAUUGAUUCCUUCUGAUUUAAUAUUAACUGCAAAUAUAAGAAGUCAGGCUAAGGAAAUUCAUAAUUGGUUAUAUUGA